CGCUCGGUUUCGGCCCGGCGGCGCUGACACAAGCAGGCUGUGGUCGCUUCUCGUUGGCCUGGAGGUGCGCUGGCUGUGCUCCUCCACCGCCCUCGAGGUCCCCACAGCCCCAUCAUCCAGCUCCCUAGGGCCAACGGCGCGGCGGUGGCCUCGCAGGGCGCUGAGCCCCUCUCCCCGGCUCUCCUCCCCUCGGCUCCGUGGCCCCGCCCUCGCCGGGCUGGGCUGCGGGGCCAGGGGCCGAGCGGAGCCGGGUGAGUAUUCCCACAGCUCUUGCCGGUCGCCUCCUUCCGGCUCUGCUCCCACACGGUUCUCCCCUACUCCUGGUGCAGGGAGGCGAGGCGCGCGGGCAGGCGGGAAGCAGCCCAGCCCGGAACAAAAGGCUGCGGACGCGGCCCCUCGGGGGGAACUGCGGGCCUGUGCUGGCCGCACCGCCCGGGGCUUGGGGCGAGCGGGGAAGGGCGAGGACACUCUUCCCCCGCGGAUCCGCCCCUUGUCGCGCACCUGGUGUCACCAGCGCUCCUGGGCCACUACCCAAAGGCGGCGGCACCCUCCAAUUAUUUAAUAUGGAAGAAGAUGAGUUCAUUGGAGAAAAAACAUUUCAACGUUGUUGUGCAGAAUUCAUUAAACAUUCACAAGAGAUAGGUGAUAGUUGGGAAUGGAGACCAUCAAAGGACUGUUCUGAUGGCUACAUGUGCAAAAUACACUUUCAAAUUAAAAAUGAGCCUGCUGUGUCACAUCCAGGGACAUCUACUCAUGGACAGACAUGUCUUCCCAUGGAGGAGGCUUUUGAGCUACCCUCAGAUGAUUGUGAAGUGAUUGAAGCUCCAGAAGCAUCGCAAGUGAUUAAAUAUGAAUAUCAUGUCUUAUAUUCCUGUAGCUACCAAGUGCCUGUACUUUACUUUAGGGCAAGCUUUUUAGAUGGGAGACCUUUAACUCUGAAGGACAUAUGGGAAGGAGUUCAUGAGUGCUAUAAGACACGACUGCUACAGGGACCAUGGGAUACUAUUACACAACAGGAACAUCCAAUACUUGGGCAACCCUUUUUUGUACUUCAUCCCUGCAAGACGAAUGAAUUCAUGACUCCUGUAUUAAAGAAUUCUCGGAAAAUCAAUAAGAUUGUCAACUAUAUCACAUCAUGGCUGAGCAUUGUAGGGCCGGUUGUUGGGCUGAAUCUACCUCUGAGUUAUGCCAAAGCAACCUCUCAGGAUCAACGAAAUGUCGAUUAACAAGAUUCUUCUAUUGAGCUUAGAAUUGUGGCACAAAGAACACCAAGAGUUUACCUGGCCAGUCCUGGCUUUAAUAGGACCAAUACUGUGGAAUAUUUCAUCUUACCAAGAUGCGAUAUGGCUUAUUUUUCCUUUGGACGCAAAUGUCUGCAGCAACUGAUAUUUGAUAGACUCAGUGUUUAGAAGAAACACUUCAAAGAUGUAAAUCAUGGACAGGCAUGGUAGCUCACACCUGUAAUCCAAGCACUUUGAAAGGCCAAAGUGGGAGCAUCACUUGAGCCCAGGACUUCGAGACCAGCCUGGGCAAAAGAUUUUGUUCAAACCCUGUCUGUACAAAAAUACAAAAAUUUCCCUAUUAUGGUGAUAUGUGCCUAUAGUCCCAGCUACUCAGGAGGCUGAGAUGGGAGGUUGGCUUGAGCCCAGGAGGCAGAGUUUGCAGUGAGCCGAGAUUGUACCACUGCACUCCAGCCUGGGUGACAGAGCCAGACCCUGUCUCGGGGGGGAAAAAAAGACACAAAUUACUAUAAAUAGCAAAAAAUGAGUCUAACUUACUAAUACUAGGAGUGCCAACAUUUCACUUGCGGGUUAUUCUUUUCUAGGCCAAGUAGUUCACUUCCAUUUGUCUGAUACGGAGAUUGAAGGGAGAAAUGUAUUUGUGUGUUCAUUUUAAUGUAAGAUAUACAAAAAUUAAAUUACUGGAUUUACAUGUUCCUGAAA